CUGGUCAGUGGAAUUGUGGGAUGCCCACCACAAGAAAUGAGAUGUCCCACCUUCGUGGUCCAUAACAGAAAUUAACGCAGUCGAUUGUCGGCAUCUGCGAAAAGUGUACACCACACGUGCGAAUAAAUAACAAAAUAAAAAACCAAGUUGCUUUGAAUUUUAAUGUGCCUUCUGUGAUAAUUAUCCGCUCUGUAGAAUUUUUAUUACUAUUGAAAGACUAAUAGUGUUCUGGUUAAUAUUUUUAGGUGAAGUGAAAAGGCCAUGUCGGCCGACACAUCCAAUUAUUCUCAAAUUCAAGAUGAAGAUGUUCUCAGGAAAAUGUGGCAAGAUACCGAUGAUUUCGGAAAGAAAAAAGAAAUAAGAUCGCAUAUGUAUAAGCUGAGAGAACAACGCCUAAGAGAAUUUUACAACGGAAGCGAAAUAUCAGAAUCGAAGACGACUACUACUUCUGGAAAAAUUACUCAGAGUUCCACUCAUACGGAUUCGCUGGUCGAUCAGAGUUUCCAGAGUUUUAAAAGCAAAGAAGUGAGAGAUUCAGAAUCGCCUACCAGAGAAAUUCAAUACAAAGUUCCAGAUAAAAUGGCUUCGAAAGAAUGGCAAGUUGAGUCCAGUAAAGGAACAAGUUUAGAUGGUAAAACUAAAAUGCGUUCGUCGGUAGCAACAGUAGAAGGAACACAAAAAAUAGAAGGGGGACAGAUAGAUUUUAGAGCAAAAUCUGAAAAAAUGUCCAAUGAGUUUCGAGACGCAAACGAAUAUUCAUCAACAAAUAGAAGUCAAACUUCUGCCUCCUCGCGUAUGGUAACUUCAAGCAGUAUGCAACCGGAGCACUCAGAGUUACCUAGUAAUUUACAUGGCGUUACGAAAGUAAUACGCGAAACCAAAACAUUACCAGAUGGCUCCACAGUUACAACAACCAGAUAUGACACUUCUGGUGGAAGUUCUCAAUUCACAAGUCAAUCUUCAACAUCUAGCCGACACACUUCUGAAAAUAUUAUUUCUAGCGGUAGCCAAAUAGUUGAAUUACCGGAAGAAGUUCAAGAACUCACUAAAAUCAAUACAGAAACCAAAACUUUACCUUACGUUUCCACGAUAACAUCAAAAACAUGUGACAACGUAAGUGACGUUGCCAAAAAUAACCUAAAAACUGCGCACACUACUUCUUCAAAGCGUGUCAUCAAUGAAAAGGAAUCCCUUACAACAAUUGCUAAAGAAACGAAAACAUUACCAGAUAAUCAAAAAUAUACAACAACAAACUACGAUGCUGUAAACGAUAGCAAAAACACAAUAAUUGAUGAUACGAAAACUAUACCUACGUCGUCAUCCAUUUUAACCACCAAAUCAUCAAAUGUUACGAAUCCUGAAUUGCCUAAUAACAUCCAAGGAGUUACGAAAGUUACUAAAGAGACGAAGACGCUCCCAGAUGGUUCUAUAAUGACAAUAACUAAAUAUGACACUCCCAGUGGUACAACCACACAUUCCGAAAUUAUAGGAAAUGUAAAAAUAUCUAAAGACCACAGCUCUGUACUAAGCAAAUCUUAUACAGACGAAGCUAUAACUACCAAUAAUCGUCAGAGCUACAAAAAGCAAGAGCACGAUCGACAAGUAGUAAAUGAGAAUAGACAUACUGAUAUGACUGAGAAUAAUCAGUACAACAAUACUGACAAUAAAAUCACUGUUGUAUCUACUACAGAGAAAACGAAUAAAGAUCAGUUAAAAGAGACCGUUAAUGUUACUAAGCAAAGGAUUGGAGAAACUGACGGGAAUAAAAUGUCUCCAACUAAAGUAGCUUCAAAGAAACAACCAACUAAUUUGGAUAACGAUGUUGAAAACGUAACUAUCACAAAACAAUACAAAAGUGAUAAUGUGAGUACGAAUAGUUUUAUAAAUAAGGAACGUCAACAGGAAGAAGUAACCAGAGAUAAAAAUAUCUGUGAAGUAGUUUCUUCAAAAGUAGAUGAUUCUCCACACCAAGAACCAAGAGUAAAGGAGACUUCGAAGCCGGAUUAUCAUCCUAGUAAGCCAACAACUGGUCAAUACGAUACUACGUACAAAACAGAUUAUACCAGCAGAAAAAUAAGUGUAGAUGUAAGUCCUACUCACGAUGCUUUCGCUAGAUCAUUAAGAGCUGUAUCACCAGAUAGAGUACCAUCGAGAGGAAGUCACAGGACCAGUAAUUCAUCAAUUGCAGAAAAAAUGAGGCAUCCUUCAAGAAUUUCGCCCGAACGUCAACCUAAAGAUAGAAGUAUCAGCCCCACGAAAUCUAUUUCUACAGAUACAUAUAUUUAUAAUAAGAAAGGUGAUGAUAACCAAUCACAUAGAAAAAUAUCAUCCACUACAGACAAUUUCAAGAAAACAGUAAGCCAGGAAACGAUUACAAUAACCAAAUCAAAGCAAAAUACCACCAACAAAUCAACAAAUAAGAAUAUCAUUACAACUAGUAACGAAAUUGUUACAGAUUUAGACGAAGAUUUAAUUAAAACUACAGAAAAGUCGCCCGUUGCUCCUGGUUCAAGACCAACAAGUUUAGAAUUAACAAGAAAACCUAAGAAAAUUACCGAUCGUUCGCCAUCCUCGCCUCUUACUGACACAAAAAAAUCUCCAACUAAGGAAAUUAGAAGAAGCAGUAGUUUUCGCUCACCAACAAAAGAACCAUCUUCUCCAACAAAAGCAAGUUAUCCUAGAUCUCCGACAAAGGACACACCAUCCACUAAAAACCUUCCUGAGGAUAGGCAUUUGAAAAGAACCGACACGUAUGAAGAGAGAUGUCGACAAAUUCUUGGUAUCACUGAAGUAACCGAAAAAAGGAAAUCCAGCUUAGAAAGAUCGGGUAGCAAAAGAAAUUCUUUAAGAAGAAACAUUUCUUCCCAACUUGUCGAUACAAUUGAAACAAUAACGAGUCCUUCCAAAAGUCCAACAAAAGAGAGACCAGUGAGUCCAACAAAAAGCAAAAGUCCAACAAAAGAGAGACCAGUAAGUCCUACAAAAAGUAUAAGUCCAACAAAGGAAAGACUAUUAAGUCCAACAAAGGAAAGACCAUUAAGUCCAACAAAAAGCAACAGUCCAACAAAGGAAAGACCAUUAAGUCCAACAAAGGAAAGACCAUUAAGUCCAACAAAGGAAAGACCAUUAAGUCCAACAAAAAGCAACAGUCCAAUAAAGGAUAGAUCAGUAAGUCCCACAAAAAGUCAAAGUCCUGUUAAAGAGAGACCAAUAAGUCCGACAAAAGAGGGGACACUUAGUCCAACAAAAGGUAAGAUCCCACUAAAAGAGAGGACAAUGAGCCCAACAAAAAGUCUCACAAAAGAAAAACUGGAAAGUUCAACAAAGGAGAGCCCGGAAAAAAUCAAAAGCCCCGUAAAAGACAGACCUGAAAGUCCAACAAAAAGUCGUGAUGAUAUAGAUUAUGCAGAAAUUACAACUACUUUCACCAGAGAGACCGCAUAUAACCGUGAAGAUCAAGACAUUUCUCCAAUAAAGAAUCGGCCUUUGAGCCCUACCAAAGGCAAUCAAAUUAGCUCGAAUGAGGAUCGACUAUCAUCAAUUGUAACGUCUAUAAAAACAGACACAUUAAUUUCCACUACAAAUAGAGAUGAAACUGUAAUUACUAAUGAGAACAAAGAAUCUAUAAAACAGAUAGAUGAAUUUACUCCAAAAAGGAAGAAUAUUUCCUCCAACAAAAAUACCAAUGAAAAUGUUAUCGAGAGUACUGUUAUAACAUCCGAAUAUGAUACAGAAUUAAUUGAUAGUACUACAACUUCAAGAUCCAAAUCUACAAAGAAGCCUGGAAACAAAAAGGUAUCUAACCAAACUUCUGAUUCACCAAUUAAAAGUAAGCAAGCGCUUGUUGAAGAAAAAAAUACAGAUAAGGUUGUACUGGAAGAUAUAAUUAAUAUUGAAGAAACUAUCACAACUGAUGGUAGCAAUUAUAUUUCAAAAUACAAAACUUCUAAGAAAACUUCAACAGAUGAAAAACCUCAAAGAAAAGAUUCUCAUCCAAAGGAAGAAUUUCCUACUCAGUCCAAAAUGCCGUCUAAACAUCCAUCCAAUAAUAUCAACACCACUUCUAAAUUUAUUUCGCAAGAAAAAAUCAGCACGGAUAUACAUUCAAGUAUGGAAGUUAUAGUUGACGAAGAUGAUGUUAAAAAUAUUUCAGAGACAGAGUAUGAUAAAAUUCCAAUUUCUAAAAAAGCACCAAAAACAGCACCUACAAGCGAUCUUCCAAAAACAAAAAAAGUUACUAAAAACAUAUCUGAGGAAAUAAAAAGUACAGUUGGUAUGGAUAAUAACAGAAAUAAUACCACAGAUAAAAGUCCAAGAGGCAGUGAAAAAGAAAAUAUCAAGCCAAAAGGGAAGUUACCUUCUGACAAAGAAAAGUCGGUAACCGAAGUAGAAGCUAGAGAAAUUAUGAUAAUAGUUGAUACUGAUAAUAAAAUCCAAUCAACAGGUGAAGUUUUGAAUCAGCAAAAAGAAGAAAGUAAUGACUUUAUCAGAACUGAGCAAGUACAGAGAGAAGUGGAAGAUAAAAAUAUAUGUUAUAAAAAAUCCACUACAGAUACAAAAAUCAAUGAAUCAGAAGUCGUCACUCCAAAAACUUCUCCACAAUCUAAACAAGUGAUUAACAAAUCUGGAGAAAAUAUAAAGAAAUCAAUAAUAUCAAAGGAUGAUGAAGAAACUAUAAUUGAUGAAUUUGUAGUGACAGAUGAGUCAGAUAAUCCUAAAAUUAUCAUGGGUAAACCAGUACCUAAAGAUACAAAACCAAUAAAAAAAGGCAAAGAAACACUGACUGAAAGUGUUAAAAUAAAUGCAAUCACUAAACAAGACGAUACAGUUAUAGUAACUGAUGAAUUUGAAAUUGUUAAUAAACCGAAUCAACAACCGCUGAAAAAUGAACUAGGUAUAACUGAAUAUCCGCCACAAAGCAAAAAAACCAUAUCUAAAAAGAUCUCCCAAGAAAAAAUUACUCCAAAAUCAAAACCUGUUACGCAGAAACCAAAACCAUCAGAGUUUCCUUCACAAAUUAAAAAAGACAAAAGACCUGUAAAUAAGGAACCUAUAGUCACUGAGAAAUUCUUUGAACCGAUUUCGUAUGAAAACAAAGUUCCUGUAGAAGAGCCGUUAAUGAUUAAAAAACAUAUAAAUCCACAUUGUAGAGAAGACGAGGUUGAAAAAACUGAAAUAACCAAAACAACGACAUCAAAAAAAGUGGAAAAAUCUACUCAAAAAGAACUUCCUCUCAACAAGCAGAAAGAAGUAAAGAAAAUUGGGAAACAUACUGACAAGAACACAGAAAAUUCGAUUCAACGUAAACCUAUAAAUGGUAUAAGUGAAUAUAAAGAUCAAUAUUCUAAGCCGAAGCCAACACCAAAAGGACCUUCUAAUAAAAUUAAAAAUACGAUACAAGAAACAACAAAGAUUAUUCACAAAAAUUAUGAUGAAAUAAGCCCUGCACGAAAUAAACCGAUCACCAAACCCUUAGUUAACGGUAUUCAAAAACCUAAAGAAACGCCAAGACCAUCCAAACCUUCAGCAGUAACAGUCAAUUCAGCCAAAGUAACUAAGUUAGAUACGACGGAAACAGUUACUAGAAGAACUAAUAAAAUAAUUGUGUCAAAGGAAAAUAUGAGUCCUCUACAAAAAUCUAAGAAAGAAAUAGGAAUGAAGAAUCCUGUAAAAUUAUCUACUGUUACUAAAAACAAAUCGUCUCAACCUGAUGAAUUGAUCACCAAGAAACACGUUGUUACAACAACAAUUACAUUAAAAGACAACAGACAACCAAUUACAACGAAGCCAAAACUAACAACAAAAAUUACAAAAUCUGAAAGAAAUCGAGUAACUGAUCUUAAACAGAAACAUAUAAAUGAAUAUGUAUCUACUGAUACGGAUGAUGAGAAGAUAGAAGAAAACGUUGAAAUUACUAGAAGAACAAUCAACAAGAAACCAGAAAAGAAAUGCAUAACUACUAAAACUGUAAUCAUAAACAAUAAUGGUGAACAAAGACAAGUUAUUGUCGAUCUACAAAGAUCCAAAUCAUCCAGAGAGCCGACUCCAGAUAGAAUAUGUCCUGUUCCUACUAGUAAUGGUGAAUAUCAAUUUCCAAGAUAUCCUGAUGAAAUUUUAGAACCCGAUGAUGAUGAGAUACGUAAAAAACCGAAGCGUCUCUCUGAUAUACCGUUAAUGGAAUCAGAAGAUGUUAAUGAUUUCAGCAGAAUAACAGAAAUUACUGACACUAAGGUAGUUACUGAUAUAGAUAAAGUAGAAGAAACAGAUGAAAGUCUUUUAAGCGUUAAUAAAAAGAUAAAUUUGUUUUUGGACAACGUGGAUAGAGUUAAGCAAGUUAAAAAUAAACCUUUAGGUCCUGCUCCUAAAGUAGAAAGACCCAAAUUGGAUGUAAGCGAAGGUUUAGAAUCAGAUGAAUGCUUAUUAAGUGUGUCUGAAAAAGUCACUAAAUUCGUGAACGCAGCUGAUCAGUUCAUGAACGUUCGGGAUAUACCUGAACGACCAAAAAGUCCGAGAUGUAAAAAUUACGAUGAGAAAAAUACUACUGAAACUUUUAUUAAAACCGAGCAAAAAAAUUUGGAAAAUCAAAGUACGAACUUAGAUACAGGAAAAAUAUCUCUAAACAGUUUAGAAAAAAUUAAUAAUAAAAUCUCGAAAGAUUCCAAACCUAAUAGUGAAAAUAGGGUACCAAGUCCAACUAAGUUCAAACCAACUCUUGAUACAAUAGAUAAAUCUGAACAAAAACAUCCCAAAUAUAAUACAAUCACUAAAAAAAUAUCGUUAGAAAAUUUGGAAAUAAAAAGCUCUGUAAAAACUUCCGAAAAUGUUGUGAAACCAUCACCAGAGAAAUCGCAAUCUAGAGAUACCAUUACCACCACUGAAACUAGAGAAACGCGUACUGGAAGCAGAGAUUUUUCUCCCGAGGAUAAAGGAUAUAAAAACAGAUUAACUCCAGAAAGAAGAUCUCCUGACAGAAAAUCACCUGCUACAAACAACAAACCAGAAACUCCCGUUAAACGACCUUCAAAUGAAUAUGGGUCCAUAAAACAUAUAAAAACUCAAGACAAAAUCUCCACUAACAGGGAUCAUUCGCUAGUUGAUGAUACUACUCCAAAAACAAGUAAAGCUAAUAUAGUAGAGGACAAAAAAACUUUCUUAAGCUCUACAGGGAGACUUAGAAGUACAGAAAGUAUAAAAAAAGCUCGAGCGAUUUUUGAAAAUAUAUCCAAAGAGCAAGAACCGACCAAAAGUCCCCUUAAAAAUAAAUCUGUAUCUAAAAAGCUGAAUUACACUGAGGAUAUUCGCAAGAAGGAAACUACUUCUGAAAUUGAUAGAGCACCUUUAGACAGAAAUACAACAGUUUAUAGUCCUGAUUCUAAAUCCACUGAUAGAAACGUAACAUCAAGUUUUGAUGUUUACAAAACGAACGGUGACUUGCCUCACUAUAUGUUACCGCUACAUAGAAACGAAGAAACCCACGAUAAAAUCACUCAUGAAUCAAGAACUGUUAAAACAAAAUCAGAUAUUAUAUCUACGACUAGAAAUAUCUCUCGGUCAAAUUCACCAGAUUCUCUAUCUGAAUCUAGUGAUGUUCCUCAUUAUAUGCUACCUUUAGAUAGAAGCGUCCAUACACAUUCUACUCCUAGAGCUAGUCAACACAGAUCUAAAUCUCCAGAGGAAGAUAGACCAAAAAAUAGAACACCAGAAGUUCAUUCUAAAACUGGUGAUGUUCCUCAUUAUAUGUUGCCAUUGAAACACGAUAUACAUACUCACAGUCACGAAACUAAUUCAGUAACAAGAGAAAGUAGAACUAAAUUUCAAGCCACUGGAAGAGAUAAUUCGCCAGAUGUUCGUUCUGAAACUGAUGAUAUUCCUCAUUAUAGAUUACCUUUAGAACGAAGUGUACACACUACUACAAGUGAAAUGAAGGAUACUAGAUUUAGGUCGAAGUCUCCUGAGAGAACUAAAACUGAUAAACCUCAUUAUAUGCUACCUUUGGACCAUCACGUUACUAUUACGACAACAAGAGUUAGUAGACCGACAACUAGAUCUCCCGAAAGAGAUAGUCCAAGAAAUAGGUCACCAGAAAAUCAAUACGAAAAUAUUCCACAUUAUAGACUACCCAUAGAUCGAAGUGUGCAUACCCAUACUUCAACAAAUAUAAUAAAAGAAAGCAAAAGUGGAAGGUAUAGUUCUAGAAGUAAAUCACCAGAAGAUCGAUCUGAAUCUGGUGAUGUUCCCCAUUACAUGCUACCAUUGGAUCGGAGCAUUAAUCCUGAUAAAAUCAUCACUAGUUCAACAAGAGACGAAAACAAAUCUCCUGUAAGAGAUGGUUCAAGAAAUAGAUCACCGGAUAGUAAAUUAGAAACUGAUGAUAUUCCUCAUUAUAGAUUACCGUUAGAUAGAGAUGUGCACGUCCAUACUACUACCAGUACAGUCAGAGAAAGCAGAAGUAAGACUAAAUAUCCUGAAAGGCCCAGUACAAGAAGUAGAUCACCAGAUAAUCGAUCAGAGACUGGUGAUGUACCUCAUUACAUGUUACCACUAGAUAGAAAUGUACAUCCUGAUAAGCUAGUUGAUACAAGCAUAACAAGAGAUAGUAGACACAGAAGUAAAUCCCCUCAGACAGAUAGCUCAAGAAAUAGAACACCAGAUAAUCGAUCUGAAACUGGAGAUGUUCCUCAUUACAUGUUACCCUUGGAUCGCAGCGUGCAUCCUGAUAGGAUCGUUACAAAUUCAACAAGAGAUGAAACAAACUCACCUGUAAGAGAUAGUUCGAGAAAUAGAUUACCGGAUAGUAAAAUAGAAGCUGAUGAUAUUCCUCAUUACAGAUUGCCUUUGGACAGAGACGUGCAUUUCCAUACUAUUACUAGUAAAAUCCGAGAAAGCAAAACUAGAUCUCCUGAAAGGCAUAGUACAAGAAGUAGAUCACCAGAGGAUCGAUCUGAAACUGGUGAUGUACCUCAUUACAUGUUACCACUAGAUAGAAAUGUACAUCCUGAUAGAAUCGUUGCUACAAAUUUGACAAGAGAGAGUAGACACAGAACUAAAUCUCCUCAAACAGAUAGUUCAAGAAAUAUAUCACCAGAGGAUCGAAGUGAAACUGGCGAUAUUCCACACUACAUGUUACCCUUGGAUCGCAACGUACAUCCUGAUAGUCCAACAAGGGAUGGAACUAAAUCUCCCGAAAGAUGUAGUCAAAGAAAUAGAUCACCGGAUGGUCGUUCUGAAACUUCCGAUGUUCCUCAUUAUAUGUUACCGCUAGACAAGAAUUCACGUCCGCACAGUGCCCCCACAUCAAACAUUGACACAAGAGCUACAAAAUUUGGAAUCACCUUGAGGAAAGUAAAUAUUGGUAGUCCUGUAAGUAAGCCAUCGAAACCAAGUCUUCAUAAACUUCCGUCAGAAACAAAAUUUGUCAAUAUCGAGUCUAUAACAGAAGAAGAUAUUGAAGAUAUUUUUGAUCUAGAAAUUUUGGAAGAAUUGCUCCAGAAAAUUGAAAUUUAUGAACUGCGUAAAAUGAUAAGAACACAAAUACGAUUAAUAAAGUCGCUAAUAUCAGAGAACACACUCACCACAUACAUAAAAGAAAGGAGACAGUUAAAAUCCAAACAAGAAACCAUAACUAAAAAGUCUUCAUAUACACGAAAAUAUUCUGAUCAAAAUAUUGAAACGAGAAAAACUACAUCACGUAACACAAGUCCAGAAGCAGUCAAAAAUAUUUCACCUACUAGAGAAAUAACAAGAAAACCAGACAAUGAACGAUCGAGUCCGGAGAGAACAGGAGCGCGUGAAACUAUAAAAACUACAACUACGACCACUACCAGAUACAGUCCUACACGACAGCAAAGCCCUUCACGAUAUUCUAGUCCUAACCAUCCAAUUUCGGGUAAAACAGAAGUGACAACAGAAGAGAUAAUACGAAAAUCGAGUCCAGAAAGAAUUACAAAAACUAAAGUAACCAAGACGUCCACUAAAACUGAACAAACACGAAAAUUAAGCACCGAAAGAUCAUCUACUACGACUGUAUCAAGUACAGAACGUAGAAAUAUUUCACAUGCACCAGAUAAAAGCUCACCUAAGCUUGAUACCAAAACCGGUUAUUCGAUUCUGAAAAAAACUGAAAUACAUCAAAAGAAAAUAGAAGACGAUAAGCCGGAAUGGGUAAAACAGAGAAACCUCAAGAAAGUAUCGUCACCAAAUACGAAUGAAAAGAUUAGUACCAAUGUAAGAAGAACUGUAAAAGAAGAGAAUAGGAUUAUCACCGUUGGUUGUGAGCCUACUGAUUCAAUAACUUCUAGUUAUGGUGUUGGACCUACCGAUGAAAAUGGUACUCCCUUAUUUGGAUUAAAGGCUUUGAGGACGCAGCAUAACGGCACAACUAAAGUUCAAGGCACCUUCGUUAAGAGUGAAUACUAUUCAGAAAAUGGUAACGCACCUGUCGGACAAAUAAGCGUUACGAAAUAUUCGACAGAUCCGAGAGAUUUAAGUACCGAAGAACAAAUUCAAAAUAACGAUUUGAUAACAAGCGUAACAACUACUCAACAAUUUGGAUACGAAAACACUCCGUCCUUGGAAACACUCACAAAUAAAAAGGGAAAACAAAUAGAAGAUACUGUAAUUGGAGUAAACAAAACGUCAAAUUUUAAACGACAAAAUUCAGUGAAAGCCCUUUCCCAAAAGUUCAUUGACACUGCAGUAGAUUCUUUGAAAAACGAACGGCAAACGUCCUAUCCCAAGGCAGGUCUAAUUUUGCGAACGUCAAGUUUUAAAGAAUCUAAAAGUGCUCCAAGUGAAGAGGACAUCCCAACUGACGUUUUAACAGCGACUAAAACUUCUAAAAAAACUACAACGACGACUACAACAAGCGGUGGCACCUUUCUUAGUAACAAAUCCACUAUUUCAGGUGUUCAAGACGUGAUAACUAGAAUGAAGACUGAAGAAUAUCAAGAAGGUGAUACCUCAGAAGAUAUUGAAGCUAAAAGUUUGCUGAAUAAGUUUAUAGGAUCUCAAGUGAUACUAUCUGGUAUGGAAAACCGAAGUACUUCCAUAAAAACUUCGAAAACUUCCACGUCUGACAUCGUACCAACAACAAGUAGUGCAAGAAAAACCAUCAAAAUAACUACAACAGCAACGGAGGGUGGUAAAACUAAAACAAAAACAUUAGUAUUCCAGAGUCCUAUUACAGAAGAAGAACUAGAAAAUAUUUGGGACGACCAAACUCUUCGGCUGUUACUUGAACAAAGUACACAAUACGAAGAAAGACGUGUCAUAAGAAAUAGACUACGUACAGUUAUGGCAGAACAAGAAGCUUGUGCAGAACUAGUGGAAAAAGCAAGUCAGGAUCCAUCUGAAGGAAAAAUAGAGGGUGAGUCACUUCUUCUUCCUCUUCUUCAAGGCUUAUUACAAGCACCAGAGAAAGAUCAAACUGCUGAUUCUGGUACAGAAUCCGGCGAAGACCAAAGAAACAGUCUAAUCGCCGAAGUACAAAAUGCUCUAGAUAAAUUAUCGCAAAGUUUAUGUAGGGAUUCUACGGAUAUAUCUGAAGAGAGACGCAGUUCUUUGUUGUAUCUAGUAACAAAAUUGCAAGCAGGUCUUUCCACUGCGGUACCUAAACUAGAAAGGAGAUUAUCUAGUGAGCCGGGAAGAUUUAAUAAACGAAAAAAUAGACAAAACAGACACACAGUCGGAGUAAGUUCUGAAGAAUUGGCUGACGCUAGACGACUUAUGGAAGAAAUUUCUGGUCAUACAAUAGCGCCAUCUAAUUCUCACAAGGAAGAACUCAAUUUACUUAAACAAAAGUCUGAAACGAACAUUUCGAAUUCCUCUAAUGUGAUUAGCGUACCAAAGUCCAACGAUAUCGAGCCUACUAUACUAAGUAAACAGAAUUCUGAUAGCAGCGUUACCAGUAAUCGUUCCAUCAAUAAAUAUCUAAAUAAAUCGUCGGUUAAAAACACAACACCAAAGCCUUUCGGCAGUUCUAAUAAUAGCAUAUCUAAUAAUUCAUCCACUGCUCAAACUCCAGAUAUUGCAGAGCUUUUCGACGUCUUUUUCACCGAUGAAACACCUUACGAAGCUCCUAAAUCUCUUAUUCCAGAUACAUUUACAGAAGAACGUAGUCCUAACAUCCAACCAACUAUUAUAGAAUCGGGAUAUGAAGAUCAAGAUAAAACGAAGCCAUUACAAUACAAUCCAGUCUAUACAAAACCAGAUUCCUCUUAUCUCCCUUCAAUGGAUCAUACAAAAGAGCAAGGACCACGAUUUAACACAGAAAUCAAAAAGCAAAAAAUGAAACGUGCCAACACUAUCGAUAUACCAAAACCAUUGCACUACUAUGAAGAAUCAGAUGAUUCUGACGGUGAAACUGAAGCUCAACAACAUAAAAAUAAUUACUAUGCUCUUAGAGGACCAAUAAGAGUCGGUAAUCCAAUAAACAAAAAACCAGUACCAACUUUCGAACCAAAGACUGCUACAGAUCAAAAAUUCUUAGCGUUCCUAAAUAAAAAUCAGAAUUCGGAUGCUGUAAAUAAUAAAAGCACCGCUUGGACAAACCAAAAAAAUAGAGCACAAGUAUGGGAGAACAGAUUUGGUAAUAUCAAAAAUAACUUUGAAAACGUUAGUAGGAUACCGAACAACACGGUUAAAAAUUUUUGGAAAACCCAAGACGAUGCUAUAAUGGCUCGUACAAAUCAAUUCGGACCUAAAAUUAGUAGGCAGAGUGCUAGAAAUUUGCAACAGAUGUUUGAAGAAAAAAGAAGGGAGUCUCAAGAGAGAAUCGAACCACCACAGGUUCAAAGAGUAUCAAAAGAAAUUUUACCUGUCAAAGGUAAACAGGACACUAUAACCGGAAAAUUAUCCGUGAAAACUGAACCAGAGAAAACCUAUAAAUUAGUACCAGGUCCGUUACCGGUUAAUAAAUUUUCACACGCUCCUCAAUCUGCUUUUAAACCUAUCCCUAAAAGGAUACAAGAUCAACGACAAUAUCAACCGAAUUUGGAAUCACAAGAUAUACUUAAAACAGAAAUAAAAGAAAAUAAUGAUACUUCAUUAUUUUUAUACAGCCCCAAGCCAUUAUACAGUUCGGAGUCCAGUUCGCCAGCUAUAUCUCCUAAUAUAACGAAACCUUGGCUAUCAAAUGAUGUCGAUAAAAGUAAUAAAGUUAUAAGUAUCACCGCAAAAAAAUUCGAAGCUGCUUCUCAACAAAACGACGUGCAUGUAGUUAAACCGAGAAAACUUAGCAGGGAAUUAACAUCUGCCUUUAUUUCCCCAACUCCAAAAGAAAAACCUACUACUUCGUAUCUUCCAAGAAACGAUAUCAAAAGUAGUACUGUAAGAAAGUUGAGUGAUCAGUACAAUAACAUCGGCAGCAAAGCUCCAGAGUAUUCCAGUCAUACAAGUGUAACAUACCAACCAGUUAAUUAUCCCAGGAACCAUCACUCUUUCACAGCUGGAAGUACAACUAAUAUUUAUGGUAAACCUCAUCAAAAUAAUACCACUUAUAAUCAAUCAUAUUUAAGACAAAAAAGUUUGGAAAGUAACGUAAUUAAGCCACAGACUAUUUAUCAACACGUACCUGGUAAAGAGGAUACAUUCAAUACUCCUGAGAACGUAUAUACAUCGACAUUAACGUUUAAUCCUAAUAUUCAAAACGUAGAAACUAUAAAUUCUCCUCCAAAAUUACAAACUCAACUUUCUAACGAAAGCGUUCAUGAAUAUACGGCGAUAAACAGUAAAGUUAUGGGAGUACCAGUUAGUCAACAAGCUGUUACAAUAAGACAAAAAUCUCCUAUGACACGAAACGAACACGACAUGGCCGCAGCAUUCAGCUUGAAGAAAGCUCUCACCGGCAUCGGAAAAGGAGAUAACAAAAAUUCGAAGACUUCUCCCAUUAGACAGAACCCAAGUUAUAACUCUCUCGAACCCACAAAGAUCAACGAAACAUACAAUAACAAUUUUACAUCUAAAGUAUCAGAACCUAAAACAAUUUUAAUAAAUCCUCCAAAUAACAACGAUACUAAGGCAUUUGGUGUUGUGAAACCCAUGCAACAGAAGCAAUCUUAUGAUAUAAAACCAACUCAAAACAAAUUUCGGAAUACUUCGGCUCACAAUCAACAAUUUGUGGAAAUCAACGAAAAAGGUCAAGGUGUAGUGACGAGUAAAUUUCACAUACCCAUAGUAAACGUUGAACCCACUUCACCUGGUAUUCACUCACCUAGUGCUAUAUCCCCCAUACCUAAAGGUAUCAGUAAAUCAGAUUCUUGGCAUCAAAUUUGUAUGGCCAGUCAAUCACCUACUAGAUCACCGCCUACUAGAAACGUAAUUAAAUCUAAAUCUAGUCACAGUCUGGCAGUACCUCAAAGACAAUUCGAGGCCGGAAUGUCAAAAGACGAAUUAGUGACGAAGAAAAAAGCCAUGGAAGCGUAUUUAAUAGGAGGGGCUAGUUCACCGAAGCAAAAACCUAACGAGAAAAUUGUAAAAACUAGUAUAAAUAGGAAACAAACUUCAGAAAAACAAUCUGCGUUCAAAUCUACCGGUAUAUCAAGAAAAAACGUGAGUGUUGAAAAAACAACUACGAAAAAUCCAACUGCAACUACAACCACAGUUACUAAGGUUACUACUCAACAACAAAUAACGAAAAAGCCUCUAUCCCCAUUCGCAAAAUUCCAACAACUGGAUAAGCAAAACAGCCUCAAUACUCCACCAGGUACCCCUGGUACCCCAAAGAGUCCUGGAAAUGGUCCCCUUUUUAAAUUUACCGAUCCUGCAGUCAGCCUAUCGGCGGCUACCAUCAAAGAUCGUCUGUUAUUUUGGUGUAGAAUGAAGACAAAGGAGUAUGAGAACGUUCAACUAGACAAUUUCUCUACCAGCUGGGCGGAUGGACUAGCAUUUUGUGCCCUCAUACACCAUUUCCUACCAGAUGCUUUUGACUAUCAUGCAUUAACGCCAAAAGACCGAAGACAUAAUUUCGAACUCGCUUUCAGAGUUGCCAGUGAAAAGGCUGAUAUCUUUCCUCUACUUGACGUUGACGAUAUGAUGGCUACUCGAAGGCCUGAUUGGAAAUGUGUAUUCACUUAUGUACAGUCUGUUUACCGACGCUUCAAAGAUGAAGAAAUCUAAAAUUUCAAAUAAUUGUUUGUUUUUAUAUGUUUGUACAAAUAUAGAUAGUAGUCAUUUAAAAAUGUUAGGAGCGUAGUAGACUUUUAAAAAACAUAAUCAAAAUGAGAUAAAUAUUUUAGUUACAACUGAAAUACUGUCGAUUGCUAGAAAAAAAACGAGGUACAAGGUAAAUAUACAAGGUACAUCACAGUCAGUUGAUGCCAGUUUGGAGAAUUUUUUCUCUAGAUUAAAGAAAAGUGUAUCGUAAUGUUUUCAUUUGAAAAGAAUAAUAUUAAAUCACAAAUAAUUUAAAAUGAGUUGCAAUAUAAAUAUAUUUUUCUAAAAAAGUCGAUAUAUUGCAUGCUGGGAUAUGUACAAUAAUUUACAAAUGACUUUUAAAUUUAUAUUUUUACAUUUAUUAUUUGCAAAUUAAUUUUUUUCAUGGUACCUUGGAAAACGUGUUAUACACAAAGUUACGUUACCCUUGUUACAAUAAUCUCGAUCACUGGGAAGUGUAUGAUACGCUGAGAAAAUGAGGAAUCAAAAAGAAUUUGUGAAAUUAUAACGCAAUAGUCGUGUUUUAUCUUCACUUCCUUUACUUAUCGAUUUAUUUCUUCAACAAUAUUACCAGAAAUGUAAUUUUGUCUAUUUCACAAGCGGUGAAUUUAACGUUUUCACUUUUCUUCUUGUCUCCCAUUCUGUCAAGAUGAAUUUCAAUGGACUCUGCAAUAUCUGGCACAAUCGGCGAAGAAACCUAAUUCUUCAUCUCGUCAAAGUUUUCUUCGUCCGUCAAUUCAUCUGCUUCAGGAGGAAAAGCAGUUAUAUUCGCCUCAAUUUCUUCGGAAAAUAAAUAUUCAUGAGCUGCCUCUAGGAUUGUAAAAACGUUUGGCUUUUUUUUCGACAUUUUUGAAUAUAGAAACUAAAAUAAAAAAUUUAAAUAAUAUUCCAAUACCGCUUCAAAUCAAGUGAAAUAGUUGUUAAAUUAUUAGCUAAAUUCUAAAUAACAAUGUAAAAUAGCAAAAUAGUAAAAGUCUGAUAUCCUCAAACGAGGACGCAGAAUGCUAAAAGGUGGAACAUAUGUUUCAAAAAAAAAAUUCAACUGAUAACCAUCCAUUAGGCUAUUUUCUUUCGCACAAACGUUUAAAAUAAUUAACAAUAUUAUUUAAUUCAAAGUGUUGAUUAAUUUUAGGACACUUAAUGUACCUUGUAUAUUACAAAUUCUCCGUUUAAAUUUAAUCAAACUGUUAAAAAUAUUUGUAUUAUGUUGUAAUUUUAAAAUCUAGCACAUGGAACUAUAUGUGUAGUGCAUUUGUUAGAUGUUAACUUGCUCUGUGAUUUUCCAGAAGCAUUUCGAGAGAUGUGAUCUCUUUCUAAAAAGUGAUAUUUCUUACAAUUUUUUUACCUUCAUCUGCCCAGCUGUCAAUUUAGUUCCUUAGGAUACGUGUUUGCAAGAGAAAUUAUUUAAUUUUCUAUAGAUUUCAAUGAACAUAAACUUUUUUUUGUUGAACAGAAAAUUAAAUAACAAGGAUUCUUACAGCAUUUACUUAUACGCGCUUAUUGAUUUACUUACAUUUUUAUUCAUAGAGGGAUGUUGCUUGUUAUAUUCUUACUCUAAUAACCGGCGUUUGAAGAAAAUUUGCUAACAUUUUUUAUAUAUACAUAAUUGUAUUUGCUGAGUAUUUUUACUGUCAUGCCCAACUGCACGAUAACCAUCGUUUGUUAAGCACCUUUAUAUACUUAAUUUUAAGGUAUUAUUUAUAUAUGUAUCAUCAUUCAACUAAUAAAUGUUUAGAUUUU